CGGUGUGCCCCCUGGAGGACAUGUGUGACAUUGCCCAUAAGUUUGGGGCUCUGACUUUCGUAGAUGAAGUGCAUGCUGUGGGUUUAUAUGGUCCCAGAGGUGGAGGAAUUGGAGACAAGGACAAAGUCAUGCACAAGAUGGACAUCGUCUCAGGAACUCUGGGCAAAGCCUUCGGCUGUGUGGGCGGUUACAUCGCCAGCACCAGCCCCCUGGUGGACACAGUUCGCUCCUACGCCGCCGGUUUCAUCUUCACCACGUCCCUGCCUCCCAUGCUGCUGGCCGGGGCCAAAGAAUCUGUCAGGAUCCUGAAAAGUGAGGAAGGUCGGGAGCUGAGGAGGAAACACCAGAGGAGCGUCAAACUGCUCCGACAGAUGCUAAUGGACUCGGGACUUCCUGUUGUGCACUGUCCAAGUCACAUCAUCCCUGUCCUG